AGUCUCACUUCAUUUUUCAAACAAGACAGUUGCUGCGCUCGAUUGUCGCAUUGUAAAAUAAAUUAAAUUUUAAGUAUAACGGACACCGCUGCAAACAAAUUCAGAUCAAAGCAAUUUUGACAAGCACUUAAAUAUUUUGUACACAACAAAUAAACGAAAUCAAAACGCAAACAGCCGGUCAAGUGCGUGUGUGCGUGUCUUCCUCUGUGUGCGCCCAUUCGUAUGUGUGUGUGAGUCCAAGCAGAAAAAAAAAAGGAUACCAAAGCAACAAAAACAACAACAGCCGCAGCUGCAACAAUUUAUUUACAAUGGAUUUCAAUUUCGCCGAUCUGAAAAAAGAAGCUGCCGCCACGGCCGACGACAUUUUUAGCAGUGCCACCAGCGCCGCCAAUGCGGCCUCCAAGAAGGUGGCCAACACCUAUGACGAUUUGCUGGGCGACCUCAGCGCCGGCGACAGCGCUGGCAGCAGCGGCAGCGCAGCCAACGUCAGCAGCGGCGCACAGGAUGAUAAUGCGCAUACCGAAAAGUAUUUUGCCAACGAGCAAAAGAAUCUUGAUUUCGGCGACCCGCAGGCUUUCGUGCAGCGCAUGUCCGCUGGCGCCAAGGAGGCCCAGGAGCAGCUGGACGCCAAGUUUGCCCAGCAAACGGAUGACUUUGGUGAUUUCAUGGCGCAGGCCGGCAAAGCCGCCAAGCACGGCAUCGGCGAGCUGACCAGCGACUUUAUGAAUGUCGAGCGUGGCCUCUACGGAGAUGCGCCCAAGCCGGCUGAUCCGCCGGCUGCGGUUCCAGCUGUUGCGCCCGCCGUUCCAGCUGCUCCACCGGCUGUUGUUCCCGCUGCCGCGCCCGCUGUUCCGGCACCGCCCAAACCUGCCACGGAGCCGGAGGUAGAUUUGAUGGGCGGCUUCAGCCAGCCGAUGAGCGCGCCACUGCAGCCAUUUGCAGCCACGGCGCCAACGGCCAGCGAUAAGUUCUAUGACGAUGACGAUGAUGACUACUUCAGUAAGCCGAAUCCAGCAGCUGCAGCUGCCGUUGCCACUGCUACGGCUGCUGCCGCAGCUGUUCCAGCGCCCGUUGUGGCCAACAAGGAUUCCGAUACAGAUUCGCCGUCCGCUUCGUAUACACCGUCGCCGGCCAAGAAGGCCAUCGCCGAUGCCCUCAAGGAGCAGGACCAUGAGAAAUUCAUCUCUUCCGAGGAUCUGCUUAGUGACUUCAAGGAGGAACGUACAGCCACGCCGCCCGUGGCGCCCACAGCAGCAGCGGCAGCGGCAGCCACUGCACCAGCACCAACACCCAUUCCGGCUUCAGCUACGGCUCCGGCUUCGGCUCUGGUCACCGAUUUGGACGAUGAAGAGAUUGCUGUUAAACCGACACCCAAACCGGAGCCCGUCAAGCCCGUGGCCAAGCCCGUGGAGCCUCCCAAGGUCAAGGCGCCAGCACAACAGCCCCAAAAACAACAACAGCAGCAGCAACAACAACCAAAGAUUGUAUCAGUCGAGGAGAUCUUCUACAAGUACGGACUUGAUGCCUGGUUCAAGCCCGAACGUUUGCACCCGCAAGUGGAAUCCCUCAUCUACUGGCGUGAUGUGAAAAAGUCCGGCAUUGUCUUUGGCGCCGGCCUUAUCACACUGGUUGCCAUCUCCUCUUUCUCCGUGAUAAGUGUGUUUGCGUAUUUGUCGCUGCUGGCGCUCGUCGGCACCGUCGCCUUCAGAGUCUACAAAUCCGUGACACAGGCCGUACAAAAGACAAACGAUGGCCAUCCCUUCAAAGAAUAUCUGGAACUGGAUCUGACGCUGUCCCAGGAGAAGGUACAGCACUUCGCCGGCGUGGCUGUGGCACACAUCAACGGCUUUGUUGCGGAGCUGAGGCGUCUGUUCCUGGUUGAGGAUAUUAUCGAUUCAAUUAAAUUCGGUGUCAUUCUGUGGGUGUUCACCUACAUUGGCGCCUGGUUCAAUGGCAUGACCCUGGUCAUUCUGGCCUUUGUCUCGCUGUUCACCUUGCCCAAGGUCUAUGAGAACAACAAGCAGUCGAUCGACACCUAUUUGGAUCUGGUGCGCAACAAGUUGACGGAAAUCACCGACAAAAUCCGGGUGGCUCUACCCAUUGGCAACAAGAAGCCUGUGGCUGCUGCUGCUGCCGAGUCGGACAAGGACAAAUAGAAAGCAACAACAAUAACAACAGCAACAGCAACAGCAACAACAUGUUUAUUUAUUUAUUAAGCAUUAUUUGAAUGGUUUAAUAUUCAUCCGGGGCAUAACAAUUAAAUACAUAUAUUCAAUUGUAUAAUUACAAUUUUCAAACAAAAAAACAACAACAAGAACGAACAACAUCUUGCUAUUGUGAACCCAAAACAUAAAACUAAAACUAAAAAAAAAAGAAAAAACAUUUAAGUAAAGAAUAUCAACUCGUAGCAGUUUAAACAUUG